AUGGUGCCCCUCUACCUAGCCUGGCAGCGACGUGGAUCGUUAGAGGGCAUUGACUUUCUUCUGGGUGGCCAACUCUCUGGAAGUCCUGGCACACAGGCCAUCGAGGCCGGCACCAAGUACUUGACCCAACGCUGCCCUGGCACAGACGUUAUCCUGUUGUCCAAGCACAAGCAGUACGUGCAGAACUAUGCCGACAUCGGAUUCCAAUUUGAGAGGCUCAUGACUGGUCGAGGAAUCAGCGACAAGCAUGAUUUGAUGAAGACAGAAAGCCUUCGCAUCAUGCACGUUGCUGGUUUCACCGUCCUGUUCUCGGCCGAUGUCGAUGCAGUUGAUGAAUGUGGUUGUGCGGUCGAAAUGAAAACGGGCAACCCCAAGUAUUUCGGCACAAAAGUCAUGUUCCAGAUGAUCUCGAGUGGAGCACGCACUCUUCUUAGCGCAGACAUCAACAAGAGGAUGCACCCUCCACGCUUGAACGCAAUCAACCAGAUCAGGAUCGAACAACUGGUCCAGUCUAACAGCCCUCCGCAGAGAAGAACAUCUCCGAGUGUUUGA